CUAACCACUGGAUCAUGCUGCCUCCUUCAUUGCCCUUUCUCAUUGGCUCUCCUGAUGACAAGUUAGGGGGAUGAAACACCGCUCUUUCUUCUGUCCUUCCCUGGAAGCAGCCGUGCUAAACUUUUUCCAUUCUAGGCUAUUUGCAAAGCAGUUUGCCCGAGUGAUUUAUUUAGGAUGUUUUGCUAGUGCACAUUUCUGGAGUCCCUUGCAUCAGUUUAUUUAGGGGACAAACACCUCCCCCCCGUGGGUUUUCUUAUCUUGUGACUGAAAUAAUCCGCCCACCCUUGCCUUUUCAGAAUAACACCAAGAACCUGUUUGUGUUCUCCAAGACAAUGUUCAAUGGCUCUUCAAUCGCUCUCCAGGUGCUGCCAAAGGCGUGCUCCCCGGGGCUGACCCUCAACCUGACCUGGUACCUGCGGAGCUCCCAUUGUCACAACGAAGUCUACAUAGAUGAGAAGAGAGCAGAGAUUUACCUGGCAAACUACAAGAUGGAGAUGGAGCCGAAGAGCUCUGGCCAGUACAUGCUGCACACCUACAAACCCUUCAACUGCAGCCACCCGAUCCCCCUGGAGGCGUUCAAGCUCCCUGCCCACAUGGAUCACCCCAAGGAAUUGCAGUCUCUGCAGCAGCCAGCGCAGGUGAAGCGGCGCGAGACUGUGGGAGUGCAGCCUGAGAAUGCCGCCAAAGAUGCCGCAGGGAAGCAGAAAUCGUCUGCUGUUGAAUUGGCCAGUGUGCCCAGCAAAAAGCCAGAGGCGGCCGGAAAGCCGAGCGAGACCCAGGGAGAGAAACAGGGCCCGGGAAAGACCGACGGAACCAAGAAAUUAAAAGCAGGGAGGCAGGAGAAGUCGGAGCUAUAUGCCUUAGCCAGGACCUGGGAGGAUGGGCCCUAUAUGUUCAUUCUGAAGAUCGAGGGGCAGAGCAAGGACCCAAAAGUGGCCCCGAACUGGGAGCUCACAAUUGACGUCCAGAUGAAGCACCCUGUCUACCAGUACAUCUCGGCCUCCGAGUGGCCGCUCAUGGCGUUCUACAUGGCCAUGUGCGUGGUGUAUGUGUUCUAUGGGGUGCUGUGGCUGGCGCUGCUGGCCUGCUACUGGCGGGCGGCGUCAUCCUGCUGGGCAUGCUGGAGAAGGCUGUUUUCUACGCUGAAUUCCAGAGCAUCCAGAGCCAGGGCGUGUCUGUGCAAGGGGCCGUGAUCUUUGCGGAAGUGCUGUGUGCGGUCAAGCGCAUGCUGGCUCGAGUGCUGGUGAUCAUCGCCAGCCUGGGAUACGGCAUUGUCAAGUGAGCACCUGGGGCGGCCCAGGG